CCAGCGCCCUCCUGCGGCCGGAGGUGGGGGAGCGCCGGAAAGACGCAGCCAAUCGGCGUGCGGCCCCCACCCCAACACCACCAACCUACUCUGUGGCCAGGGGACGGGCAGUGGCAGUGGGAGAGGAAAAAGGACCAGCGACUGAGCGAGAGCAGGAAAGACUGCGCCAGGCCCAGGCGGGGGAUCCACCCUAGGCUUUUCCCCACUCGUCCUGUCGGUUUUGUUUCUCCUCAAUUCCUGUCACCUGGAGGAGGGUGGGAUUCCUGGCGUGAAGAGUCCUCAGAGAAACCUGUGGGUUACGCUGAGAGUCUGCCUCUGGUUUGUCGGAAAACGGCGGCCCGGCGGCGGCACUGCCCUUUUAAUUGCGGUCGCUAGCGCCACCCUGGCAUCGCCGUUUUAAGGCCGGCGGCAGCGGGGGUUCCGGGGGCGGGGUCUGCCUCCCUUUGGACUCCCGCAGCCGCCGGGCUGAUUCAUUCCGGGCUCGAGCGCCAAGCUCUGACGUUGGCGCCUGCGCAGGGCGCGGCCUCGCUCCCGAUUGGCUGGUGUCGGGCCGCCCUCCCCCGCGCGCCACCCCUGGUUUCCCUCCCCGGGCCGCAAGAGAAACAGUGCCCUCUCCCUUCUUGACCCCUGGCCCUUCCCUCCCUCCUCCCCUCUUGCCGCCGUAGCUUCUGGCGCUGCCGCUCCCGAAGGAGCUCCCGCCACGGUGAUGGGGUCUCGGGCCUCCACGUUACUGCGGGACGAAGAGCUCGAGGAGAUCAAGAAGGAGACUGGCUUUUCCCACAGUCAGAUCACGCGCCUGUACAGCCGGUUCACCAGCCUGGACAAAGGAGAGAAUGGGACUCUCAGCCGGGAAGAUUUCCAGAGGAUUCCAGAACUUGCCAUCAACCCCCUGGGGGACCGGAUCAUCAAUGCCUUCUUUUCAGAGGGAGAGGACCAGGUAAACUUCCGAGGAUUCAUGAGAACUUUGGCUCAUUUCCGACCCAUUGAGGAUAACGAAAAGAGCAAAGAUGUGAAUGGACCUGAACCACUCAACAGCCGAAGCAACAAACUGCACUUUGCUUUCAGACUCUAUGAUUUGGAUAAAGAUGACAAGAUCUCCCGCGAUGAGCUGUUACAGGUACUACGAAUGAUGGUUGGAGUGAAUAUCUCAGAUGAGCAGCUGGGCAGCAUUGCAGACAGGACCAUCCAGGAGGCUGAUCAGGAUGGGGAUAGUGCCAUAUCCUUUACAGAAUUUGUUAAGGUUUUGGAGAAGGUGGAUGUAGAACAGAAAAUGAGCAUCCGGUUUCUUCACUAAAGGACAGGGACCAAAUUAUUCUUGCUUUCUAGUAUUUAAGAACUGGAACUUCCUUCUGUCCUCCAGCCCCACCCUAUCCCAUCAUCCCCCUUUCCCAGAAUACUACUGCUCUUGCAUGACAACCUGAAGUCUUUCUUGUCCACACAGACUUGCCUUUGGUGUAUAAACAGGGCGUUACAGAA